AUGUUAAAGCUUACGGUGUCCCCUAUACGGGUUUCCUGUUUCUGGCGAGGGAUAAGGAGCUUUUCAAGAAUCAAUAGUGUCGAAACGAUAAGUUUACAGACAUUGAGAUUCAAGUCGUCUGUUCCAUCACCACCAGAAAAGAGAAAGGAAGAGCCUUCAUCGUUAACCGACUCUUCUUUUUCUUCUUCUUCUCAUGAUAUAGCAAAGCAUGAAACCAAAAGCCAACCCCCCACGAUCCAAGAAUGGCAACAUAUGAAACACCAUGUUCCGGGUGAAGCAGUUCAACAUAACACUCUUAGAGAUCGAAUCCCAUCUUUUCCACUUCAAAAGGAAACCGUUCCUACCUUACUCCCAAGACCUGGCGUUCCUCAAAUAGGAAAUGGACCCGGUCAGGUUACUUUUAAAAAGGCAUUGACCAUUCUCAAGCAUAAGAAAGCUCCAGAACUCAUAUACGAAAGUGAACCACAUAGACUUUACUUUAUUGCUAGUUUCUGUUGCGCUGUUAUGUUUACCAUAUACGGAUUAGUUCUACUUGAGUUUGCUUGGUUCAAGGCAUCAAAAGAGUACGAUGAAAAUGAACAUGGAUAUGACGACAUUCGACUUAAGCGUGAGUUUGCAAUUACUUGGUUGUUGAAUUCUUCACUUGGAGUUAUUGCCUUAACUGCUGCUUAUGGGUUUGGAAAACUCCCUACAAGACUUGUUAGACGUAUGUGGUAUUUACCUGGUCCUAUUGAACAUGUACGUCUUUCUACAUACCCAUUGAUACCUGGAAGACCAACUCCUCUUGUUACCAUUCCUCUUAAUAACUUGGGUCGUAAUAGCAAGGCUAGAGUGUGGACGGGUAAAGGUUUCUACGGUACAGCUGAUGCCCUGAUGUUCUUCUUCGUGCUUAAGGAAGAAGGAAUCAAGACAAAACGUUGGAUUGUUGAUCGUAAAGGGUUCUUCUGGGGUGAUGGAAGAAUUAUGGACCAAUUAUUUGGUCAUGAAACAAUUGCUGAGUCUGAAGCUGGUGUGCCAUAUGAUGCACAAUUUGCUAUGGUCAAUGCUGAAUUGAAGAAGCAGAAACAAGCCAUGAAGGAUAAGUAUGGGGUAUUUUGGAGAUUGAAAAUGGGCUCAGAAUUAGUACAGGAAGAUGUUCAAAAGGGUGCUAAUUAUAUUGGAAAAUUAAAGUCCUCGUCUCCUAAGAAUAGGUUACCUCCAAAACCUCCUACUAAAUAA